AUGGCCCCCAAGUCUAAAAAGGGUUCCGACAAUGUCAACUCCAAGCUCGCCUUGGUGAUGAAGUCCGGUAAAGUCACCCUAGGCGCUACUUCUUGCAUGAAAACUCUGCGCUCUGGCAAAGCCAAGCUGGUUAUCAUCGCUGGCAAUGCGCCUCCUCUGCGCAAGAGUGAGCUCGAGUACUACGCUAUGCUGGCUAAGACCCCCGUUCACCACUUUUCGGGUAACAACAUUGAGCUCGGUACCGCCUGCGGUAAGCUCUUCCGUUGCUCUACCAUGGCUAUUCUUGAUGCUGGUGACUCGGACAUCCUUACUGGCACCCAGUAA